CAUCUCGCUUCGUGAUAAACACGCAUCACCGCACCGAGCUGGAGGUAGCGCGCCCGUAUCGUGGCAUCUCGAAUGGGCAUCGCUCCUGCACUCGACCUGGAAUCUGCCGUACCGGAAAAACAGCUGUGACCUCGUGGUUUAUUACACAGAAAUGGGAGCCCAUCAAAAACUCCAUGGAGUAGCGAGACUGAAGAGCAGGCCACAAUAUGGAGCUGCCGUGUUACUGUUGGCAUCCUUGGUAGUUCCGGUCGCCAGAUGUUCGCUGGUGAAAAUACCCAAGUGCUGCCCUCUGCACCAGCAGCUGUCGUACGACUUUGAUUCAUGCAUUGAUUACGAGAGUGCGACUGCCACUGAGAACGACACCAGCUGGUGGUUGUCGCCCGAAGUGUUCGACCAGAUGGACGCUGAGUGGGUGGUGGACCCGGGUCAGCGGCAGGCCUGUUCUGCAGCCGAGUCGACGCUGUGGCUGCAGGACUUGGGAGACGUCGUCAUGACGGCAGGGGGCCGCCUGGAGCUGGACGUGGGUGGCGACAGCGAGCCGCUCCAGCUGGAACUGGAGCCCCACCUCUACUGCCUGGACAGGACGCAGAUCGCCGGCGGGCGGCGCGUGGCGCUGUCCUGCCUGUGCGGCUCGGCGCCGCUGCGCUGCUGGACCAGCUGCUGCCCCGGCGGGUCGGCGCUCAGCCUGGUGGGGGAGCGGCCGGCGAGCUGCGUGCCCUCCCAGCGCGGGCAGCCCGGCCACUGGGCGCCCCAGCCGCACCUCUUCACUCCCGGGGGCGGCGUGCCGUGGAGGGUCACCACUCUGCCCCAGUGUGAGGAGAACGAACACGUAGUGGUGCUGCCUGCUGGUAGGCGGUACCGGCUGCUGGCUGAUGGCGGCGCUGCUGUGGAGGAUGGGGAAUCCCCAGAAGGGAGACACCUGUCAGCCCACCAGUACUGCGCAGACGCGGAGCACUUCCUGUACUGCAAGAGCAGGGCGGCCAACCCUAGCAGCGGCGAGCGCACCAGGCGCGUCGUCUACGUCUGUCUGCUGGUGCUGGGCACAGCCUUUCUGCUCGCCACUAUCGCCAUCUACUCCUGCUUCCCAGUGCUGCUGAGCCGGGUCUUGUCUCGUGCCCUGGUAGCUCACUGCUGCUCUCUGGUGGCUGCCUACGUCACCGCUGCCGUACUGCACGCUGCCUCGCAUAUCCCGCAUCCUGCCUGCACAAUCACAGCAUUCGUCAUGCAGUUUUCUUACCUGGCCGCAUUCUUCUGGCUGAAUGUGAUGUGCAUUGAUAUAGCACUGGCAGUGAGCUGGAGGAGCCGCCCCCAGGAAGGCAGCACACACAGGGAGCGGUGCAAGUUCCUGCUGUACUCUGGGUAUGCCUGGGGCGUGCCAGCCACUAUUUGUGCCAUCACAGCUGCUGUGGACUUCUCUCUGGCAGUGCCCACCACCAGCCAGCUCAAGCCCAACAUUGGCACCAGAACUUGCUGGUUCCAAGGUGAGACAGCAAUGCUGAUAUACUUCUAUGGCCCUGUCUCAUGUGUGAUGGUUGUGAACUUGUUGCUGUUCAUUUUAACUGCUGUAAAUACUACAAUUAAAAGUGAAAACCAUGGUGAUGGUACUCAAACAGGAACUAUCAAACCCAAAAAGAGGACACAAAGAGAAAGGUUGUUAAUGUUUAGCAAAAUAUUCAUCUUGAUGGGUCUAACUUGGGUAACUGACAUUUUGUCAUGGAUUUUUGGUGGACAGCACAAGUAUUAUUGGAUUGUGACUGACACAAUAAAUAUUUUGCGUCCCGCUUUCAUUUUCUAUAUCUUCUGCUGCAAUCGAAGAAUUCUGGAGAUGCUGGCAGCUCACCUGCCAUGUACCUCUGGCUGUUCUUCAAACCACACUAGCUCCAGUACAGAAUCAGUAAACGCAAAAAAAGGCAAAAUUCAUGGGAUUGUGGACCCAGAGGAAUAUGGAUUGGGUCAAAUAUGAGACAUGACUACUCUAAAUUGAGUGGAGGUUGUUAUAUAUUUAAGUCUUUCAAAAUCUGCAUUAAUAAGCAGGAAAUCAUGAGAGCAUAUUAUGAAAAUUUUCAUUAACACUAAAUAAAUAAAACAGAAUAAAACAUUUAAUUAUGCUCUGAAAUAACUCUCCUGUGACAUUGUGCUAUUAUGUCUACAUCUACAUAUACAUGACUACUCGGCAAAACACACUUAAGUGCCUGGGAGAGGGUUCAUCGAACUACCUUCACAAUAAUUCUCUGUUAUUCCAUUGUUGAGCAGUGUACAGAAAAAAUGAACACCUACAUCUUUCUGUGUGGGCUCUGAGUUCCCUUAUUUUAUUAUGAUGAUCAUGCUCUCUAUUUAGGUCAACAUCAACAAAAUAUUUUCGCAUUCAGAGGAGAAUGUUGGUGAUUGAAAUUUUGUGAGCAGAUACUGCCGCAGUGAGAAACAGCUUUGUUAUAAUGAUGUCCACCCCAAUUCUGUAUCAUGUCUGUGACACUCUCUCUCUCCUAUUUCUGAAUAAUACAAAAUGUGCUAUCUUUCUUUGAACUUUCUCGAUGUACUUCAUUAAUCCUGUCUGGUAAGGAUCCCACACUGCACAGCAGUA